AGUAGUGUGGAAGUACGAACGCCCCCCCCCUUUCUAUAGUGAUGAAAAAAUAGUGAUAAAACUUUAGCAUUUACCUAUGAAACGCCAAAAAAUACGAAUAAUAAGGAAGUAAUUACACCUCGAUGAUGUUAAAAGUACCUUUGUGUCGAGUAUUAAUCAAUUACCAGUGAAAAAUCAAUGAUAAUCGGUGGAAAUUGAGAUGAAAUAGGCCUUUGAGGUUAUAAUGAAGUCCACAAUAUUUGUUUAUUUAGUUGUUUUUCUGAUUUCAAUUUCAUCAGUCCCUGCUGAUAAUUCCGAGGCCCCAGAGUUGCAAAUCGAAGUAAACGAAACAGAAAACGACACGAAAAUUGAUGCAGAGGUAGAAAAUGAGACUGAAAUAAUGGAAAUACCGAGCGAGGCGAAUGAGGAUUUUUCAAACGUUACGAAGGACGGAGAGGAUGAGGACAAAGGAAAUGCUACCAUUACCUCAAAAUUGAAGAAUAACGGGGCUUACAAAAUCUACAGCAAUUGUUUGACUGAUAAAAUCUACGGGAAUGUGGAAGUUGUCAAUGCUACCAGACUCAUGGAGCUCCUGAUAAUGGAGCCAGGCCCCUCGAACAACACAGACGCUAAACAAGAAGGAAAAAUUCCCGCGAGAACGUGUAUUCUCGUUCUAUUCUACACUAGAUGGUGUGUCUUCAGCAGUCAGGCUGCUCCUCACUUCAACGCACUACCAAAAUUCUUUCCACAUAUUAGAGCAGUCGCUAUCGAUGCUUCCAAAUAUCAAAAUUUUAAUACACAAUUUGGCAUUGUCGGAGUUCCAACAUUGAUGUUCGUGUACAAUGGGAAGCCCCUAGUGAGGUUCAACGACUCCUCCUACACCCUGGAGUCAUUUGCAAAAUUCGUUACUGAUUACACAGCUCUGGAGCCGAACGGUUCCCUCUACGUCACCUCUGGGGACUUUGCCGGGCCAGUACCCAGCACACCAUCCAACGAGUGCGACUACUGUCUCAUCCUGUCCUGGCUCUUCAUCGCAGCCUGUGCACUCUAUUUUACUCUUCAGAGCCAGUGGUGGAAGCAGUUUGUCGAGCUGAUACAGAAUACGUGGAGGGAGAGCAACGCACAGCACGAGCAUACCGAUUAAUCCUUCAUUUUCUUAUUUAUUGUGAUAUGUCAAGUUGUUGAUUAAAAUGAUUAAGAUAAA